AUGAAUUUGGAAGGUUUGAAUUUCAUGUCCAGGGCUCGAACUCAAAUGAUAUCUGAUGCAGCGAACGAGGCUCUCGCCGACCUGAUCGAAGCACACUCAUCUACCCUUCGCCGUAUCAUCAUAUCCCCUGGUGUGGGCGAGCUCGUUAUCCAGUGCUGCAAUAUGACAAAAGGUCUCAGAUCUUUGAACAUAAAGUUGCCUGAUAAGACUCCGCCUCGACUCCUUGAUGGCUUCUUGAAGUCAUGCCCUGAUUUGGUUGAUUUCCCAGAAAGUUUUGAGAAAUAUUCGGAUCGACGGAGUGAGUGGAAAAACCGAAAACAGUUUAGGGUGGAGGUGCUACCGUUCCAACAGAAGCUCUUAGAAGGUCGUAUACUCGAUUACUAA